CGGCGAUCGCUUACAUCAUCAAACAAAAAUGUUAUGAAACAAGGUCAAAGAAAGAAGUGAAAGCCCGUUGCAGUUUAACAUCAAUGCCACUUAUCAAUUAUGACAUGAAGUGGAAGAGCUGACAAGAUGAAUAACACUAGACCAAAUAUUUGUAUAGCCUGUCUGGCGAGAUCGGUCAACUUCUUGGUAGCAAGGUUCCAGUCCCACUACACUGUCCUCGGGAUCUCUCAGAAUGCCACACAGAAGCAAAUCAGAGAGGCUUAUAUAGAGCUUUCCAAAAAGCAUCACCCAGAUCAGAAUAAAGGUGUUAAUUCAAGUAGUGAAAAGUUUCAAAAAAUAAAUGAGGCCUACAGUGUAUUAAGUAAAGACAUUUCAAGACGGGACUAUGAUAGAACAUUGUUAGGGAAUAGACCAGGGACAUUCCAAACACGGACCCACCAAGCACAGGCUACCUAUAGCAGCACUCCUAGGAAGACUUACCGUGCUCAGUAUCAACAGAAUGAUAGUGAAUUUCACAAUUACCAUUACCACAGAGAGUGGACAAAAGAUUAUGAAGCAUAUCAGAGACAAAGGGAAGAAGGAUUAAGGGCUGAUAAGGCCGAGUAUGAGUCUCUGAAAAGCGAGAUGUUACAUAUGGACUCUGCAACAUCUAGGAUGUACUGGAUAACCUUCAUUGUUUUUAUCAUGGCUUCCUUGUUCCUACUUUAUGGCUUUACCUCUGCAUUAGUUGGUAUGGAUGAAAGAGUAGCAAACAGAAAUGAAAAGAGGAGAAAAGAGAAAGAGUUUCGGAAAAAACAUUGGGAAGAUUAUUAUAAGCGAAACCGUAUAGCCAACAUGAAUGAUGAGGUAAUGGAAAGAAGUCUUCGUGAGCACCACAAAGAGCAGGCUCAGAAACGGGCAGCAGCCAUUGACAGGGAUAGCUGAAACAGGGAGGAACCAUAAAGGCUUUUCGGAUAUGCUGGCAGUUUUGUGGGUGAAAGGUGCCUUUACAAACUCUGAUCACUUGUUUGGACGGUUUAGACAUCAUGUGAUAUAGCUUCGUCAUCCAGGAUUAGUCUAAUAGAGUCUAUUUUUAAAUAUGGUGUUUUAUUUAAAUUCUUUUAAUCUGAGCUCACAUCGAGAUGUGCAGGUCAUGAUCUUUGUUUUAACUGUUGAACGAUGGUUGAUAGGAAACAUCUACAAGUAAAUAUAGUGAUGAAACAAAGCAUUUUGUCCAGUACCAUGUAUUUUUAACUCCUUGUAUAUUUAUAGCUAAUGUUAAAUUAAUUUGGUUAAUAAAAUCUGUCCUUGUACCUUAGAACUUAAACAAUUAUGCUGCUGUAUUAAUAUGAAAAUGAUUUAUAUUUUGACUCCUAAAAUCUUGUCAAACAUUUUCUCCUCUAUGUAGAGGAAGUUGCCUGUUUGUAAUUACAUUCAGCAUAAAUAUGUUGUCGUAAAUGCACUCAUAAAUUGUGCAUAUUUCAUUAAGACAAAUUUCAAUGUAUUUACUAGAAGCUAGAUCAUCUAUCAUUGAAAUAUGGUGAAUGUGUAUGAUGAUUGAUCUUAUGUUAAAAACAACAUUGAAAUAUGGUGAAUGUGUAUGAUGAUUGAUCUUAUGUUAAAAACAACAUUGAAAUAUGGUGAAUGUGUAUGAUGAUUGAUCUUAUGUUAAAAACAACAUUGAAAUAUUGUGAAUGUGCAUGAUCUUAUGAUAAAAACAACAUUGAAAUAUGGUGAAUGUGUAUGAUCUUAAGUUAGAAUCCACAUUGAAAUAUGGUGAAUGUGUAUGAUCUUAUGUUAAAAACAACAUUGAAAUAGGAUGGAUGUCUUUGAUCUUAUACGACAAGAACAUGUUAAGACCUUACUUUGUUAAAACUUUCAGGAACUUUUUUCUACACCUUGUUUUUUGUUAUUUUACACCAUUUCCUUGCACAGAAACAUAUUUACUACUGUUACUUUGUUAAAUUGCUGAAUAAUUUCAUAUCUGCAUGUUUUAGAAACAUUGCUAUGCAUUUUCCUACAAGACCUUGAAAUUGAAUUACAAGUUAUAUAUCUGUAAAAUUUCUUUUACUGAAAAAAAAAAUUCCUAUCGUAUGUGUGUUCAUAAUCGACCCAUCUUCAAAGUUAUUAAAGCUUGCACUUCAAUGGAUUUCGAUUCUAACAAUUUUCCAGUGCAUUUUAAAUGUAAAAUUACUAAAAGUCUAUAGAUAAUUGUUAACUAGAAACUUAAAUGAAUUUACAUGGUUAAAUAUGUAAUCAUUGAAGCACUUAUAAGUUGUGCAUGUUUCAUCAAGUCAAAUUUUAAUGUAUUUAACUAGAAAAUCAUUGAAAUAUGGUAAAUUUGUAUUAUCUUGUGUUUUGUUUAAUCUUAUGUUAACUACAUCGUUGAAUUAUUUUGAAUGUGUAUGAUCUAAUGUUAACUACAAGAAAAUGUUAAGAUCUCUUUUUUUGAUCAUAUUCAGGCAUUUUUUUUCUACACCUUGUUCGGGUUAAUGUGUUUUUUUUUUCUAAUGCCACCAUUUCCUUGCACAAAAACAUUUUUACUACUGUUUCUUGAUUAAAUUGCUGUUUUUAAUUUCAUACAUGGUUGAUGUAUCAAAAAAUGACCAUGAGUUUUCUUACCACGUGGCCUUUUGUGCAGGCAAUUCUAGUGUUUUUAGCUCACCUGAGCAUAAAGUGUCAAGGAUGAGCUAUUAUGAUGGGUCACUGUCUGUUCAAAAUUUUCAUCAAACAACAUUUCCUCCUCCAUUGCUUUGUCAGUAUCACCCAAACUUCACUCGAAUGCAGGACUGUAUAAGUCCUUAUCCAGAUUCCUUCAUAAAAGUGGUUCCUUUGAGAAUUCUGGUUGGCAUGGUAACUAAAAGGAAAAACUUCUCCUCAGAAACAGCUGGCCCAAUUUCAAAAUAAUUUUUACUGAUUAUUAUUAGGUGACUCUCUUUCAGUCCUCCAUCCUUUAAAUAAUUUGUUUCCCUAACAACCAUCUCUUCUCUAACAACAAUGGACAAUAGCAACCUUUUAUUUUCUUAAGAACCAUAUUUUAUUUUUGUAACCAAUAACUACCUUGACAUUGGUUUUAUUCCCUUUGAACCAGCUCAUUCCCUAGAGAUCAUGGAACUGAUCCACUUACUUCCAUAGCAACUGCCUUUGUCUUAGCAAUGAAUGACUUCCUCUGCAAUAGCUGACUUUCCUAGCUAGUGAGCGAUAUACGGCAAUCUUGUUUUUUAGCAUGAUCAGUCCGAAUUGUAUACCAGAAUGCUCAUAAAAAGUUGAAAAAUGUAUCAAACACUGAAGAAACCAAUGAUAUUUUAUUUAUUGUUUCCGUAUGCAACAUUGAAAUUUGAAUUAUGUAUUUUUAUUCUUUUUAAAUUUUACAGAAAAAAAUGCAUGUUUUAUGUGUGGUCAUUCUCCAGUCAUUUUCAUCUUUUAAGUUGUUAAAACCUGCACUUCCAUUAAUUGUAUUUCAGACUAUUUUCAGUGCAUUUUAAAUGUAGAAUUACUGAAAGCCUAUAGAUGUAUAAUUGUAUUAUAUGGCAUAGGAAGUGUGAGGUGCAAAACUAUGAUUGGAUCAUAAAGUUUUUGUAAGAUUCAUGGUCAUUUUGUCGACAUGGCCAGAAACUAUUUGGAUCACUGUAUUAUAUCUGCACCCAUCAUUAUAACUAAUGCAUGGACUUGUUGAUUUUGAAUUAAAUAAAUUAUCAAACCUUAAAACAAUGUUGUUUAAGUGCUCUAAUGAACUUGAAUGAAUUUUACAUGGUUAGCAUGGUUGCAAUUCUGCAGCUAUAUGAACUAUAUUUGUGAGAAAUGAAACCUUAAAAAUACUACACCACUUUGAAAAUGGGCCGAGGCCUUCUUGAUGGGGAAAAAUGCACCAUUAUUAAUAACAUUCCACUAUCACAUAGAACUGAAUAAAAAUGCUUUUAAACAAUAGAUAAAAAAACAAGAGAAUGUGAUAGUGUGUAAGAAUAAACCAA